CAGAAAUCAAGCAUCACUUCUCUGCUGUUGCCUAAACACUUCAAUUGGAAGCUGGUUGUUUGCUUCUGCACUCUGUUCUGUAUUCUUCGGACCCACUUAUGGAGUUGUCGGAUAUUUCCUUCCCCAGCCCCGCUGUGGAUGAUUUCUAUGAUGACCCCUGCUUUAACACCAGUGACAUGCACUUCUUUGAGGACCUGGAUCCGCGGCUGGUGCAUGUGGUCCCGCUGAAACCUGAGGACUCCUCCUCUUCCUUAUCAUCCUCCUCCUCCUCCUCCUCACCUUACUCCCACCUGCAUCAUCACCUUCAGCGCGCAGAGGCGGAGGAUGAGGAGCACGUCCGGGCCCCUAGCGGGCACCAUCAAGCGGGCCGCUGCCUGCUGUGGGCCUGCAAAGCUUGCAAAAGGAAGACCACCAAUGCAGACAGAAGAAAGGCCGCGACCAUGCGUGAGCGGCGGCGGCUCAGCAAAGUUAACGACGCCUUCGAGACUCUGAAGCGCUGCACGACGGGCAACCCCAACCAGAGACUGCCCAAGGUGGAGAUCCUACGGAACGCCAUCAGCUACAUCGAGUCUCUGCAGGCGCUGCUUCGAGGCGGACAGGAGGAGAGCUUCUACCCGCUGCUGGAGACAUACAGCGGGGACUCAGACGCGUCCAGUCCGCGCUCCAACUGCUCCGAUGGAAUGACAGAUUAUGACGGUCCAAACAGGACAAGAAGCUUUGGCAGCGGUUCAAUAUUCUCUGGGAAAGCAAUCGCUGAUCCAAAGAGGGAGCGCAGCUCCAUGGUUUCCAGCCUGGACUGCCUGUCCAGCAUUGUGGAGCGGAUCUCCACGGUCAGCAGCAGCGAGGCAGGAAAGGCCCCUGCGCUCAUCCAAAUCCCCUCCCCGACCACCAACCAGGACCCAGACCCCAUCUAUGAAGUCCUAUAGAGACUCUGACUCAAUGCCAGCUGGGAAGUCAGUGUGCUGCUUUGAUUGUAGAGCUCACAGAAAACCACUGUAACUAAAAAAACAAUUAUUUAAUUUUUUUCUAUUUAGAAGAGUCUUCAUCAGCUGUUUGUGGCUACAAGCCUUGUUUUUAUUUCAUGUCAAAGCUCAUUUCUGCCCUGAAGUCAGUUACCUA